AUGUCGACAGACUACAACUAUGACGACAAGGGACAAUUCUUCCCCUUCUUCGUCCUCACCCUGACGAGUCUCGUCACUCUUCCUCUGACGUACAAUCUCCUCCGGCCGAGCAAGGGACUGGAGAACACCGCACCGCGGAUAAAAUCAGACUUCAAGCCCGAACAUGGCGACCUCAUUGACGCGCAGAAGCGCAAGCGCUUGCGCAAGGAACGUCGGAUCAAGCGCAUUGUCACCGUCGUGGUGGGCUACGCUGUCAUGGCUUGGAUGGCAUAUUUGAUCGUCGUCACAGCACGGACAGUACCCAAGAUCUGGGAUCCGUAUGAUAUUCUUGGUAUCUCACGGAGCGCCGAUGAGAAAGCGAUCUCCAGACACUACAAGCGCCUUUCACUCGUCUACCAUCCCGACAAGAUCCGCCCCGAUCCCGCCAAGAAUGAGACCAUCGAGAUGCUCAACGAGCGCUUCGUCGAGCUCACCAAGGCCUACAAGGCAUUGACCGACGAGGAGGUUCGCAACAACUACAUUCAGUACGGCCACCCAGACGGCAAGCAGAGCAUGAGCAUCGGUAUUGCUCUCCCCACGUUCAUUGUCUCGGAAGGCUACUCCAAGUACACCCUGCUGGUCUACGGUGCUCUGCUUGGCGUUCUUCUCCCAUACAUCGUCGGCCGCUGGUGGUACGGCUCUCAGCGUUACACCAAGGAGCGCGUUCUCGUCGCAAGUGCUGGCAAUAUCUUCCGGGAAUAUAGAGACGACAUUACUGAUGGCGGAAUCAUCAACGCGCUGUCCUCGGGCGAUGAGUUUAAGGAGAUGUUGCAAGGACCCCGGUCCGAUGCUGGAUUGGCGAAGCUUGAGAAGAGAGUCUUGGCGGAAGAUUCCUCGUAUCUGACUCCCGAAGACCGCGCGGUCAUCAGGGGACUCGAUGAUUCGAGCAGACGGAAGGCGCUGGCGUUACUCUGGGCCUAUCUCGGUCGCGUUAAUCUGGAAGACGCCACGCUCAACGGAGAAAAAUACGAAGCCGCCCCCAUCGCCCUUUCACUGAACGAAGCCUUCACGGCCAUCGCCCUCGCCUUUGGUAAUCUCCGACCAAUCCUCGGAUCCUUCCGCACCGCACAGCACCUCAUCCAAGCCGUCGCACCUGGCUCCUCUCCGCUCCUCCAGUUGCCGCACUUCACGCCAGAACUCGUGCAGACCAUCGAAGGCGUCGACAGCAAGGAACACUUCACUGUGCAAAAGUUCAUGUCCAUCCCGGAAGCCGAGCGCUACAGCCUCACCGUGGGCGCCGGCCUCCUGAAUGAGAAGCAAUACACGACUGCCAUCAACGUUGCCAAGCAGCUCCCCGUUCUCGAUGUGUCUCGGGCCUUCUUCAAGGUGAUGGGCGAGAAGGUCAUUACGCCGAGCAGUUUGGUGCAACUCGUCGUCAAAGCGCGCUUCAUCCCCCCGGGUUCCGCCAACGUCCCCGCCCCUGCCCCCGCCGACCUCGAGGACAUCGAUCCGGACGAGGACGACCUCGACGCCAUCAUGGGCCGCAACGGCAAGAAGACCAAGGUCGUUAACGGCCAGAGGGUCGAAGAAGCUAAGUCCGAACCCGUGCAACCUCCGCUCGCGCACGCCCCCUACCUCGCCCGCGACCACUCCCCGCGCUGGCACAUCUUCUUGGCCGACGCCAAACAGGGCAAGAUGGCCGUGCCCCCCUUCACCUUCACCACCUUUGACAAGCCACUCUUCGACCCCGUCACCGGCCAGCCCACGUUCAACGUGCAGACCCUCAAGAUGCAGUUCCAGGCUCCCCCCCAGGUCGGUGACUUCACGUUUGUGAUGCAUAUGCUCUGCGAUAGUUAUUUGGGCCUCGACACCAAGCUGGAAAUCACCCUGCACAUCGACGAUCCCGCCAAGGCCGCCGCGUUGGACGAGGAGGAUGAUAUCAGUGAGCCCGAUGAGGACUCGAUAGCCGGCCAAAUGCAAGCCCUGAAAACCGGCCAAGCCCCCAAGAAGAAGGCCAAGAAGCCCUCGGCGGAGUCCAGCGAGGACGAGGAGAGUGAUACCGACGGUGAUGCAGGCGAUACCAGUGACACGAACACGGAGACGGAUAUCGAUGAUGAUGAUUGA